GUGAAAGUCACACUGACGGUCUGAGAGCAGUUGCUGCUUUUCUUGUCAGUCAAAUGUUUUUUGAAACUUAAAGCAGGAGGAACGUUUAAACGACUCGUGUUUGUCUCCACUUUGCUGCUGCAGAAGAAGAAGACCAGCAGAGUGACAGAAAGCUGCAGAAUCCAACAGGAAGGGUCAACGAGCAGAUAAACACAGACUGAACAAUAUACAAGAAAACCAAGAAGGGAGCAAGUCUGAGUCUGAAGGACAAGAUCAGUGGAAGAUGAACUCCAAGAUUGUUUUUGCUGUUGUUGGUGUUGUUGGACUUUUAGUUGCUCUUCGUUUCUGGCGUACAGGUGAUGCUGAAGAUGGAUCACAGAACCUGAUGGAGAACUUACAGGAACUAAAAGAUUUAAUACCAGAAGAAAGUUUCAUGCAAUCUGAGCCGCCGCCUUCUCCCGCUCUCAGUGAACCAUGGAGACAAAUAUCUUGGGGAGACAACGAGAGAGAGACAGAUCUGCAGUAUGUGCAGAAUUACACGCUUGCAAAGGGGAAAGUCAAACAUCUCCGAGUUCUGCUGUACGGGCCGGUCGGAUCCGGAAAGUCCAGCUUCAUCAACUCUGUCAGCAACGUCCUGCGACGCAGAAUGAGCAUUCCUGCUGCAGUCAGUUCUACCACCUCUGACAGGAGUUUCACCACAAAAUAUGAAACUCAUGAAAUCAGAAGAGGAACCUCAGACAGCUUCUACCCGAUCGUCUUCAAUGACAUCAUGGGUCUGGAGGAGGGGACGGGACAUGGCGUCCAAGCUGAAGACAUCAAACUGGCCAUGAUGGGACGUGUGAAGGAGGGUUACAAGUUCAACGCAGGAUCUGCACUGUCAGAGCACGAUCCAGGAUACAACCAGUCCCCCUCUCCAGACGAUCAAGUCCACGUUCUGGUUUGCGUCCUCUCUGCUAACACAGCAGAGAUUAAAGAGCCGGUUUUACAGAAGAUGAGGGGCGUCAGAGAGGCAGCCGGUGACCUGGGGAUUCCUCAGAUGAUGAUGAUCACAAAGAUCGACGAGGCCUGUGAUGAAAUUGAAAAGGAUCUGAGGAACGUUUAUAAGAGCAAGCACCUGAGGAAAAAGAUGAAAGAUUUCAGCUCAGCAGUCGGUGUCCCGAUGAACUGCAUCUUUCCUGUGAAGAACUACAAUGAAGAAAUCGACCUCAACGAUGAUGUGGACACUCUGAUCCUCAGCGCUCUGAGACGCAUGAUCGACUUUGGAGACGACUUCAUCGACAAAAUGUAUUCCCCAGAUCACCAGUACCACGAGGAGCGGUGGUGGAAUUUGAUAUGGGAUUGGAUAUUACAGCUCAACAGUCUUUAUAACUUGACUACAGGACUACAGCAGUUUGGUAUCUGGAUGACUCUGCUUUUGGGGUUCGGUAUCUUGAUCAUGAUGAGAUUUCAUUGAUGACAUUUCAGGUGUUUCACUUUCCGUUAGAUAAAGAGGUUCGGUUCAUCUGGAUAAAUGCUGGUUUGUUUACAACCUGUCUGAUCUUGUUUCUCUGUUGGACCUUUUUUAACAAUGUUUGCUGCAUUCCCAGAACUCAGGGAUGAACUUGGUGAGUGCAGCAUUGUUAUCACCUCUGGACUGAGAUAAGGAAUCCAAACUGUAGUUUUCCUUUAAGCCAUGUUAGCGGUUAGCUUGUUGCUAUGGUAACCUGUACUUUAACAUGGCAGUGCUUAAACUGUUGAUCAGAGCUACAUUUGAAAUGUCCACAUAUGAUUUUAACAGACACCUUCCAGCCAAUCAGAGAGCAGGAAUUCCUGUGGUCAUGGUAUAAAUAUGAAGACGUAGCUGUGAAGUAUCACUUUAAACAAACGUUUUAGGUCUUUCUCUUUUAUUUUUAUUAAAAAAAAUCAAAAAAUCAUUUUAUUUCACAAGCAAUACACUGAUAUAAUUACAAUAUUAAUGUGUGUUUAAUGUCUGUAAACCUAUGAAACUGAACUCGCUCCAUGGACUCAGUAACACACUGGACAUAUAUAGCACAGCUAAGCAUACACUGUUAACCUUGUUGAUGUACAUGUACUGAUUUUGGUUUAGUGUUGUCCACUGAGUUUUAUUGAUGUGAUGCAUUUCAACUGGGUUACCCAAAUACAAAUGAAGACUGAAUAAACUUUAGGUAACUAAUGA